AUGGCCAGCAACAACACCUUCUUGGUAAAUGCACCCUCGUUGGAUAUCAUGACUGAAUUCAAGUGCUCUUCCAAGCCUCAUAAACGCAUCAUCUUCAUUGGUCCACCUGGGUCUGGAAAAGGCACCCAAUCCCUCAUCAUUAAGGAAAAAUAUGGCCUAUGCCACUUGGCAACAGGUGAUAUCUUGCGAGCCGUUGUCGCAGCGAAGACCCCACUCGGGAUUAAAAUCAAGGAAAACAUGGAGAAGGGAAAAGUAGGGCCUGAUGACUUGGUGGUUGAGAUCAUGAACGAAGCAAUGAAAAAGCCAUCUUGCGAAAACGGUUUCAUUCUUGAUGGGUUUCCUAGGACACUUGCUCAAGCACAAAAGCUUGAUGAAAUACUUGAGAAGCAAAGAACCAAGAUUGAUAAAGUGCUUGAUUUUGCAAUCGACGACUCCAUCUUGGAGGAGAGAAUUACUGGGCGUUGGAUCCAUGCUUCAAGUGGUAGAACAUACCAUACGAAGUUUGCACCUCCCAAGGUUCACGGCGUUGAUGAUGUUACUGGAGAGCCUUUAAUCCAACGGAAAGAUGAUACUGCAGAAGUUCUCAAGCUAAGGCUGGAGGUUUUUCACCGCCAAACUGAACCCGUUAUAGAAUACUACAAAAAGAAGGGCGUCGUUGCAAAGAUUCCUGCAGAAAACCCCCCGAAUGAGGUGACUGCUGAGGUUCUGAAAGUCUUGUUGUCUUAG